GCGUAUCGUGAAGUGAAAUAAGCCCGUCUUAUUUGCGAUACCGCUGUCCGCGCGCAAACGGCGGUUUGACAAUGAAGCCGUUGCCCCAGUGCUCGCUGUCACAUGAUUGUCCCUCCCUCCAACAACGAUAGAAUGGCCGUUAUCGGGGUGUACAGGGAGGGACCAGCACCAACCUAAAGUUUCCCGCCGCAACAGUUGCCCGUCGGAUUCUCUUGCCUGUAUCGCGCCGGAGAGCCAGGCUUGACACAGCGUGGUGCGAGGGAAUCCUUUCCCUUCACAGCAGAGGGGCGCGCUCUGAUUGGACCGCACCCACGCCUUUCUCGACUUUUUUUUCCCGCGUCCAUGCAGGAACGUGCGAAAACGUCCCGUUAUCAACCGAUAACACGUCCACGCGCUGUCGUCUGGUCUCUCAGAUAUCUGAGGUGGGCUCUCCCGACCUCGGUCACUUCCAGGGUAGCUGGCGUGCGACAGACUUCCCCCGUUCCACCUCAUGCUGCCCUCACUCCCCUCCAUCAUUCCCACCUUGUGCCCUCCUCAGCGUGUUUGUAAGACGGCCUAGAUAGCUGCGUGGUCUCGCUCGACGGCUGGCUUCUGCUAUUGCCCUUACCUGAUCAAUUGGCCCGUACUUGGCUUUUUCUCGCCCGCCCCUGGGCGCUGGUCUCUCCCGCCGCGCACGAGAUCUGCCAGCAACACCCCGCCAGCCAUACAUCUCCCUCUCCCACAGCGCGUGGACUGUUGCCAGCCAUGAGCUCGUGGGCUCUGGCUUCGUGCCGCCCGCUGGGCCGUCUCGGACGCCGCGUGUCUGUAGCUCCCGGGCCGGCGCUCGUGCCGAGGGGCUCGGGUUUGCGACCAUGCGUGGCGUCCACCCAGCGGCGUCACUACGCCUCACCUCGGCAGGGAGACAAACAAUCUAGUGGCAAUGAAGAUCACGUUGCUAGGAAGGAGGCCGGAAAAUCCUCCAUGAUAGGACUGAACCCGAACAAGGAGGGACUCUACCCGCCUUUCAAAAGACUCUGGCGCCCAGCUGAUUACGAUAGCGAGCCUGCGGCUGGGGAUGCCGUGCUCCCCAGGCACUUCCGCCGCAUCGAGGGCCUCGAUCCUCUAGACACGUUUGCCCGCCGCCACAUCGGCCCCAACAACGACGAGGUUGCGCGCAUGCUUCAAGCUCUCGACCCCCCGGCAACUUCCAUCUCGGAAUUCGUUCAGCAGGUCAUCCCGCCCGACGUCCUCUCCGGCCGUCCGAUGUACCAAGACGUCAAGGAUGCUUCCUUGAAGGGAGUUUUCCCUGAAGGCGCACCCGAGUCCGAGAUCUACGAAACAGGGUCCACGUGGGCGUUUCUGAACAGGGCCUAUCUCCCAAACUUCGCCGGCAGCGGCUACUACAGAACCCUCACACCCGAGGUCCUCAGGCGGAACAUCCUGCAGAACCCUGCGUGGUACACAAGCUACACCCCGUACCAGCCUGAGAUCAGCCAGGGGCGACUGGAGUCGCUCCUCAACUUCCAGACCAUGGUGUCGGAUCUGACCGCGCUCCCCAUCGCGAACGCGAGUCUGCUUGACGAGGCCACCGCGGCGGCCGAGGCCAUGACGCUGUCUUUCAACGCCCUUCCCGCCUCUCGGGCCAAAAGGCCAGGCAAGUCCAUGGUCGUGGACAAGGGAGUAAGCAGGAGAAGCCUCGAGGUGAUGCGCGGCCGGGCCGCGGGUUUCGGCAUCAAGAUCAUUGUGCUUGACACUCUGGAUGAAAGCUUUGCCGCCACGGCUCAGGAGCUGGGCGAGGACCUCAUUGGAUGCAUGGUGCAGUACCCCAACUCGCGCGGACUGCUCAGCGACUACAGAAACUUGGCCAAGAUUGUGCACGACCAGGGGGCACUGCUCAGCUGCGCCACGGAACUGAUGGCGCUGACUCUCUACACGCCUCCCGGCGAGUGGGGUGCCGAUAUCGCCUUUGGCAGCUCCCAGAGGUUCGGCGUUCCCCUGGGCUACGGCGGGCCGCACGCGGCCUUCUUCGCCGUGGCCGACAAGUACAAGCGCAAGAUCCCGGGCCGCCUUGUCGGCGUGUCCAAGGACCGGCUCGGCGGCCGCGCCCUGAGGCUCGCCCUCCAGACGCGCGAGCAGCACAUCCGCCGCGAGAAGGCUACGAGCAACGUCUGCACCGCCCAGGCGCUGCCGGCCAACGUGAGCGCCAUGUAUGCCGUCUACCACGGCCCGCAGGGGCUCAAGGACAUCGCUCAGAGCAUCAGGGCCAAGGCGAGCUUUGUCGCCGCAGCCGCCCGAAUCCUGGACAUCAAGGUUGUGCGCGAGGGCUGGGACACAGUCGAGCUGGAGCUUCCCGAUAUCGAGGCUUUCAAAUUGCUGAGCAAAAACUCGUUCCACGUCGUAAUCCGCUCCGAGGACACGAGCGUCAAGCUUACGUUUGAUGAAGGCACCACGGUGGACAACCUGCAUCGCGUCGUUUGGUACCUCAUCAAGAGCACUCGAGGUUUGAACCAAACUAACGAGACCAUGGAAGCGCUCAAGUUUGAGGUCGUGGAAAAGGCAAAGAACGACAUCAACGUGGACGCAUUCCCCGAAUUCCGCCGGACGUCGGCCUACCUGCAACAUCCCGUCUUCAACUCUCACCAGUCCGAGACGGAGAUGAUCCGGUACAUUUACCAUCUGCAGUCCAAGGACCUUUCGCUGGUCCACUCCAUGAUCCCGCUGGGCUCAUGCACCAUGAAGCUCAACGGAUCGGUCGAAAUGGCGCUGCUGACCCUCCCCGGAUUUUCUGGCCUGCAUCCUCAAGCCUCCCGCCUACAAAGCAAGGGCUACCACAUCCUCACAACGGCCCUCUCAAAGCAGCUAGAAGGCAUCACCGGGAUGGACAGCUGCUGGCUGGAGCCGAACUCGGGGGCGCAGGGUGAGUUCGCGGGCCUCCGGGCCAUAAGGGAUUACCACAAGCGCCGCGGCGAGGAAGGCCGCGACAUCUGCCUGAUCCCCGUCUCGGCCCACGGCACCAACCCCGCCUCGGCGGCCAUGGUAGGCAUGCGCGUGGUCCCCAUCAAGUGCGACGCCAAAACGGGCAACCUCGACGUCGAGGACCUGCGGGCCAAGUGCGAGCAGCACCGCGAUGAGCUAGGCGCCAUCAUGGUGACGUACCCCAGCACCUUUGGUGUCUUCGAGCCGCGCAUCAAGGAGGUCUGCGACAUUGUGCACGAGCACGGGGGCCAGGUCUACAUGGACGGCGCCAACAUGAACGCCCAGGUCGGCCUCUGCUCGCCCGGCGAGAUCGGCGCCGACGUCUGCCACCUCAACCUGCACAAGACUUUCUGCAUCCCCCACGGCGGCGGCGGCCCCGGCGCCGGGCCCAUCUGCGCCAAGGAGCAUCUACGGCUGGACGAACUGAAAAACAACAUGGCUAUCAGUGGCGCCAGGUUCGGAAACGCUUCCGUGCUGCCAAUCAGCUGGGCCUACAACGCCUUGAUGGGCGCCGACGGCCUCAAGCAGGCGACCGAGGUGACGCUGCUGAACGCCAACUACCUCCUGGCACGGCUGAAGCCGCACUACCCGAUCCUGUACACCAACGACCAGGGCCGGUGCGCGCACGAGUUCAUCCUGGACGCGCGGCCCUUCAAGGAGACGGCCGGGGUGGAGGUGAUCGACAUCGCCAAGCGGCUGCAGGACUACGGCUUCCACGCGCCCACCAUGAGCUUCCCCGUCGCGGGCACGCUCAUGAUCGAGCCGACCGAGAGCGAGUCCCUCGAGGAGCUGGACCGGUUCGCCGACGCCCUCAUCGCGAUCCGGGAGGAGAUCCGCGAGGUCGAGGAGGGCCGGCAGCCGCGUGAGAACAACGUGCUCAAGAUGGCGCCCCACCCGCUGCACGACAUCAUCUCGGGCGACGGCGACGGCGGCGCCGCCUGGGACCGCCCCUACUCGCGCGACAAGGCCGCCUACCCGCUCCCCUGGCUGCGCGAGAAGAAGUUCUGGCCCUCGGUCGCCAGGGUCGACGACGCCCACGGCGACCUAAACCUGUUUUGCACGUGCCCGCCCGUCGAGGACACGACGGGCGGCAGCGACCUGUCGUCGGUGCAGACGACCGAGACCAAGUAGGGGUGUGUGUGCGUGGCGCGUGUUAGUUAAUUAUCCACUGCUUCUUAUUCAACACUCCCAACGACUUUUUUCUUUCUCUUUCUCUUUUUGUUUUUGGGUUUUAUCGACAAAUUAGCUAGUGUCGGGGUCUUGCUUCUCAUGAUUUCAACACAUAGGAGCAUGGGGUUCUUCUUUUCAACAUCGCAUGUCGGAGUUAAGACGGGGUUUGUUUUAAACGGCUACGGCGGAGUCGGCUUGGGAGCUUUGUCUCUUCUCGGUUUGGCAGUGUAGAUUCUGGUCGUUGGCCAAAAACCUGAAGGACUUUUGCACAUCUUUUGUGUAAGCCACAUUGAUUUUGGUUUACUGCUGAUCUUUGGACUUCACACCGUGCGAAGGUCCUGUAUGUGUCUCUCGACUUUCCCGUGCCCCACACACGCCCGCAUGCAAGGGGUUAGGGUCAAGACAGCCAAACACAUGGUUUUUACAGGCUCUAGGACGCUUUCUGACGGUAGUCACCCUAGCAGACUUGAUUGGCUUCAUAUUGGACUGUAAG